AUGGUUGCUCCUACGGCCUUGAAGAAACUUGAAAACAUUCAGGAUGAUGUGCAAGCUGCGAAUUGCGGCGUUUCUCGCAUUUUAGGGGGGAAAAACGAGCCCAAAUUGAAGGAAACCGGUGAUGAUGACGACGACGACGAUGUUUUGAUGGAUGGUGAAGCAUCAGGCGACAAACCGGCUGAAAACGAUCCCAAGAAGGAAUCCAGGAAUGGCGUUGUGCUGGACGACACUGGAAAGCCACGUUUUAGCUCAGCAUCGGCAGACCCAGAAGCAAAAGUAAAGCCGGAAUCGCGCAAAGUGCCGGUUCCUCCUCACCGAAUGACGCCGCUACGGAACAACUGGACAAAAAUAUAUCCGCCCCUCGUUGACCAUCUGAAGCUGCAAGUGCGGAUGAAUCUUAAGACGAAAACCGUCGAACUCAGAACGCAUCCUAAACACACCACAGACCCUGGAGCUUUACAAAAAGGAGCCGAUUUUAUCAAGGCGUUCACGCUCGGCUUUGAUCUGGAUGAUGCAAUCGCGUUGUUGCGGCUGGAUGAUUUGUACAUCGAGACGUUCGAAGUCAAAGACGUCAAGACCCUGACGGGCGACCAUCUUUCAAGAGCCAUCGGGCGUAUUGCCGGGAAAGACGGCAAAACCAAGUUUGCUAUUGAAAAUGCGACGAGGACCCGAAUCGUGCUGGCAGACUCCAAGAUUCACAUUUUAGGCGGUUUCACGCAUAUUCGAAUGGCUCGUGAAUCCGUUGUGAGCUUGAUUUUGGGGUCUCCACCAGGAAAAGUUUACGGGAAUCUCCGUGUUGUCGCCUCUAGGCUUAAGGAGCGCUACUGA